AUGGGCCCGCAAUCAGAAUACACGCAUGUGCAAUUUCUCGGCUUCAACCUCUUGACGAUCCCCGGCCACGACGUUGACGGCUGCUCACACCCUGAGACAGGCUUGGAAGGGUGCUAUCUUGGAAGUGAAGAUAUUCAGCAGGACGUCGAGCGCCGUAUCGAGAUCAUGACCACGGCCAUGCAGUCCGCCUAUGCAGAGUGGAAGAGGAAUAAGCUCGUGGUAGAGGCUGCCUCUGAGCCGCAGGUCAAGACGUUGAAACUUUUUGUGGUGCCCGAGUUCUUUUGGCGCGGCUCGCGCGGCGUGUACUCGUUCGAGGAGGUGUGGGACGGCACGCUACCGAUUGUCGACCGGCUGCGAGAGGCCGCAGCAGACUCCAAGUUCGAGGAUUGGCUAUUCUUCUUCGGAACCAUCGUCAUGUCCAAGCCGACCAAGGGCUGGUUUGGCAGCAGUGAGCUCGCCUACAAGAACGUGAUGCCAAUCAUGAAGGGUGGGCCCGAGGGCAAGACGUGGCUGGUGGAGAAGCACACGAUUAGCAGCAUCGACUUCAUCAAAGUCGACCCGGCGUUCGGCGUGCGCAAGCCCUGCGGAGUCGGCAGGUGUAGCGUGGAGUCGCAGGAGUUCAACGAGCAGUUUGAUCUGGAGACCACAAAGGUGCUAGCGACCGCUGGAAUACGCGUGGUUAAGGAUAACGUCUUCGAAGUUGACGGCCUACUGGUUGGCGUCGAGAUCUGCCUCGACCACAACCGCGGCACCGAAGUCUUUGGCUCUAGGACUGCGCUCGAGCAGAAGAUCGACGAGCUCAAGACGACCGUUGAUGUGCAGGUCAUCGCCUCGGCUGGCAUGAGCAUCGAGUGGGGUCCUGUGGCGGUGACGCGGGAUGGGCCAGUGUUCAUGGCAGACGGCUUCGGUAAGACGGAGGUGAGCUUCAAUCGGUACGGUCUCGGGCUUGAGGACUGGCACAACGACCCCACUGCGUUCAUCCAGGUCGAUGUGUUGUCCACCAACAUUUAUCACCAGUAUGCAACCUGGAUUCAGGUGAGCGCCCUCGGCAACGGCUGGCGCCAGCUGCUCAAGGGCACCUUUCCGACGGCGGCGUACGACGCGGCCACCGAGAUUGCAACGGUGUUGAAUCGUGCGGCAGCGCGGGACGGACUGCCAGGGGGUGAGAUGCUCACGUUUCCCACCAUUGACGUGUAUUCGCCGACUCCAGUGCAAGCGCGGAGGGUGGCGGCGGUUCAGCCAGAGACAUUUGUGAGGACGCUGCCCCCGCCCCGUUCGGCGCGUGCGCUACGGGUGGGAGGGGAUUUCUUCUCGAUGUGA